GUUCCAGCGCCCCUAGCCCGGCCGCCGCGCCCCAGCCCGGCCGGCCCCACCGCCAUGCGCUGCUACGAGGACGAGGGCAGCUGGAGCCUGUCCUUCUCGGGCGCCGGCUUCCUGGGGAUCUACCAUGUGGGCGUGACCCGCUGCCUCAGCGAGCGCGCCCCGCACCUCCUCCAGGGCGCCCGCCGCUUCUAUGGCUCCUCGUCCGGGGCGCUCAACGCCAUCGCCAUCAUCUCCGGCAAGUCCGUCGACUUCUGCUGCUUCCAUCUCCUGGGCUUGGUCAAGCAAGUGGAGAGGCUGAGCCUGGGUAUCCUCCACCCGGCCUUCGCACCCAUCGAGCACAUCAGGCAGCAGCUGCAGGACAGCCUGCCCUCCAAUAUCCACAUCCUGGCCUCCCAGCGGCUGGGCAUCUCGCUGACUCGCUGGCCGGAUGGCCACAACAUCAUAGUCACCGACUUUGCAACCCGCGAUGAAGUCAUCCAGGCUCUGGUCUGCACCCUCUACCUUCCUUUCUACUGUGGGACAAUUCCCCCCGAAUUCAGAGGGGAGCGCUACAUCGACGGGGCUCUGAGCAACAACCUCCCCUUUGCGGACUCACCCUCCACCAUCACCGUGUCCCCUUUCCACGGGACAGUGGACAUCUGCCCCCAGAGCUCAUCGGCCAGCAUGCAUGAGCUGAAUGCCUUCAAUGCCAGUUUCCAGAUCUCCACCAAGAACAUCUUCCUGGGGUUCACCUCCCUCAUACCCCCCAGCCCUGAGGUGGUAGCCGACAACUGCAGACAAGGCUACCUGGACGCCCUCAGGUUCCUGGAGAGACGCGGACUUACCAAGGAACCAAUUCUUUGGAUGCUGGCAUCGAAGGAACCCCCACCUCCGGCUGAUGGAAGCCAGGACACCAACCAUGACAGAGGCCAGAAGGGGGACCUGUCUCUCAACUGGGCGGUGCCCAACAUGCUGGUCAAGGACGUGCCCGACUUUGAGCAGCUCUCACCAGAGCUGGAGGCGGCGCUGAAGAGAGCGUGUAUGCGGGACCCUAGCCCCUGGGCCCGCUUCUGCCGGUCGGGGCUUGGGCAGGCACUGACCUACUUGCUGCUGCCCUACACACUACCCUUCGAGUAUGUUUACUUCCAGAGCAGAAGGCUGGCGGUGUGGCUGCCCAAUAUGCCAAGCGACUUGUGGUGGAUGGGGGGCGUGUUGCACAGCUUGGCCCUCGAGAUCUACUCCCGGUCGAAGGACCAGCUCCUCCAGCUGGUCAGCCUGCCUGUCACCAGUCCCCUCCAGCUUGGGGCAGCUCUUCUUGUGGACCUGGCCAAGGAGCCCAGACCUCCCCAUCAGUGAGGGGCAGCAAGUAGGGCCAGCCCACUGACUGACCUCCCCUGGUCCUUGCCUUGGCCCUCACCCUGUGCCCAGAUCUGCCUCCAGUCCUCGGAUCCUGACUAGUCUUCUGGAGCUCAGAGCUCCGUGUGGUACUGUCUGCUGAACGGAGGAUGGAAGGGACAGCCCCCCUUUUUCCUCCACUCUUGUCCCUGACUGUGUGGGCGGUGGCCCCCAGGAGCCAGAAGAGGCCCCACCAGCCCCUCUGGAGCCCCUGUUCCUUGGAGCCACUCCCUGGGGCCCGAGGACUUCUUUUUUGGGAAAGGCCCAGCCUGUUGGUUUGUCCCUUGGUAGCUGUGUCCAGGUCACCCUGGCAUCAGAGGGAAAAAGGAAGGUAGGAGCUGAGACACACAUCUUGGUUUUUGAAUUUCCAUGUUGAGGACCCUGGGCCAGCAUCUACUGAGAAGCGGGGUUCGUGUACUUUUACUGAACAAUUUUCAGAGUGCUUUACAGAA